CAGUUUCUGGCUUCCACCGACUGUUUCAUUGACCUGUCUGCUAGAUCUAGCCUUGGAAUGAAUCGCGAGGACGCUAUCGAAGUAUCCUCUGGAGAUGAAGAAAACGAUUAUACAGCUCGCCGUGCAAUCUUGGAACCCGCCAUUCGCUCAGUGGUCGACGCGCUUGGAGGAGACGAAGGAGGCGUGUACAGGCUCGGUGACGAAUGUUAUGGAUGCCUGAAAGACUUGAAGAAGUUCUGGAGAAAGGACGAUACCGACGAUGAACGUACAGUUGCGCGAAUCUUCUGGGAAGCACGGCUCUUGCCCAACGAUCUCAUACAUAUCCUUUUGGAGACAGCAGGUAAUGGUCAUUUUGAGGACAAGCGUGCCAUUGCGUGCGCAGACCUCAUGACUGCUAUGACCUGGCCGAUUGACUUAGCAGAGGAGCUGCAGGAGAUAGACGAGAUGGAGGAGAAGACCGACUAUACUCAGCUUCUUCAGUCUCAUCUCGCUUACAAGGCUGCACUCUUGAAACCAGGUGUCAUGCAGGCCUUGUUUGGUAUUAUGCUAGCUUGCCUUGCGAAGGACCCGAAGAAAGAGAGAACAGAUCGAGACAUACAAGUCAUGAACGUCGUCCUGUACCUAAUCCGAAACCUCGCGUUUAUCAAGGAUCUUCCUGCAAACAUGCACCUCAGUGCAGACCAGGCCGAGUAUUCAUCUAUGCAGACGCGUCUCAUCAAGACAUUGUCAGAGACGAACACACUAGAUUUGCUCCUGACUAUCGCGUCAAACUCACCGGGUGAUGCGAUGUUCAACUCAUGGAAUACACUCGUGCUGGAAAUAUUCUACCUGCUGUUUCGAGGAGUGAAACCUUCAUCGUUGGUCAUGGAUCAGAUCAAACAACCUGCCAAAGACUUACAACGUCUCCUCGCGGUCGAAGACUCGAGGAAGCGUAAUAUUUCCCGCAAUGCUUCCUCCCGUCAUUCGCGUUUUGGUACCACCAUCGCGAUCAUGUCCAACCCCAAGAAGCAAGCAAACAAUGCUGAAGACGCAGGCGCGCCUGGUGCGGGGGAGUCAAGUGGAUCGUCUCAGUCGUUUGUUCUUCAUCGUCAACGAGCGAUACACCGUGACGCUGGUAGUAUCCUGGACAUGUCUUCCGCGAAACGCGCGAAGAUUCAAAAGAAUAAGAAGAUCGACGAACUCGGUCGUGAGGACAACCUGUCUCUCGAAGCACGAAUUACAUUACAAGGUCUUGCUAAAUCAUUCCUUGAGGCAUGCUUCAAUCCGUUUUUGUCCUCGUUGCUAAAGGAUAUUAAAGCUGAGCGUCCCAAAAUCACCGAGAAAGAUAACUUGCGUUUGUUGUAUCUGACGAAGUGGUUUUUGGAAUUCUUUGGACGUCAACGAGCCCACGACAAAGAGCGAGUCUGGGAAUAUGGCCUUGUAGCAGAGGUCACUGAUAGGAGUUGGAUCGUUUGGGUACUGAGGCGAAUGCGAGAAGCAGUUGAGGAUAAGCCUAAACUCCGGACGGAAUUGCAAGCAGGCAUUGAAUGUUUAACGCAACUUGUUCUUCUCAUCGAUGCCAUGGCGGCAUGUACGGCCGAUGCUUCUAUGGCAGAAGCAGCGCAAGUCCUUCAACAACAGAUUGUCUACAAUGGCGAGAUCCUAGACAUUUCGUUGGAGAGCAUGCGGACGUAUAAGGAGGGUACACAGAGUCUGACUUACCUUGACUCCAGCGUACAUUUGGCGUAUGCGCUAUUGAAAAUGUUGGAGAAAUGGUCCAAGAGAAGCGGGGAAGUGUACGUCAGGAAGAAAACGAAGAAGAAAGCAAGACCUCGCAGAAAUCAUGAUACAGAAGCGGGGCCUGUACCUGACGUCGAGGAAGAAGAGCCGGAAGAGCACUCAGAAGAGGAGAUUAUCCACGAGCAAAUGUUUACAUUUGAUUCAUUCGAAGCGCGAUUUGCGCAUCCAGAUGUUGCGCAAACUCUCCUCACCUACCUCUCUCGUUAUCAGGAGUUCACGUCUUCUGAGAACAUGAGACGGGUUGUCAACUUGAUUCACCGUCAGGCUGUCAGGGCAAAAGCCGAAGGAUUGUUCUUCCAAGUUUCAACCUUGGAUCUCUUCAAGACCAUUCUCUCGAACGAGAAAUCCCUCCCUAAAGAACAACCCUACAAAGAUCUUGUAUCUCUGAUCAACUUUAUUCUCAGACAGUUCUUCAAAGCAGUCGAACCAGACUCGUUCCUGCUUGUACAAGCAUUCUUCCCCAAAAACCGUGGUCAAUGGAAGCAUUUCUCCAGCUGGGAACCCGAGGAAAAACCAUCGAGAAGAGGACGUGCUGCCGAGGACAAUCGAUUCCCGCCCGACGUGCAAGUCAAGAAAGGCUUCAAGUGGAGUGAACAGCUUGCAAUCGCAAUUGCAGUUCUGAAGGAAGAGGGCAAAAUGUCACUCAUCGACUGGGUUAAACAGAUAUUGACUAUGGUCAUUGGUAUACGCCAACGUAUCAUCGAGGAUACCGACGGGACGUCUUCACAAAGCAAUGCUUUAGAUAACAUCGAAAGUCUCACAGACGAACAGAUCAAGGAGAAGGCCACUGCUCAGGGUCCAUCUAGCGAGGCCGUCAACAAGUUCACAGACUACAUGAUUCCAUACAUCAGCGAUGAACAGGCCAACGCUGCGACUAAAGAUCCCCACCUCAAGCUCUUGUUCCGGCUCGUUCAAUUCUUCAUACUUGACGAAGAUGCUGAAGAGCUGGAAUGGUAUGUGCCGGCUGCGAUCCCUCCCUCGGAAAUGCAACGCAGUCUGAACGUUAUCAACCAAUUCCUGGAAAAUCCUCUCAAUUUGGACGGCAAGAAAGGGUCUGAGCUACUCCAGAAGAAGCGAAAGCGGCGCAGACGACGUCGCUCACCUUCUAACUCUGCUGAUGAUGAGGCUUUGCAGGAUGAUGAACCAAAGAAGAGAAAGAAGAAAGAGAAAAAGAAGAAAGAAGAGAAGAAGUACAAAUCCGCUCAAUUCAUUGAGGAUAGUGACGCGGAUGAGGAGGACAUGGCGGCUUUCUUCGCGAAAGAGAAAGCGUUGCGAGAACGGACUGCUCUAGCUGCAGCAGCCACGGGAAAAAUCGCCACCAUGAAGCCUACCGGGACCAAAAAGCGGCGAAAGAAGAACCAGGAGAACGGUGCUGGCCAGCGUAAACGUAAGAAAGCAAAUGCAGCAGAGAUCUCAGACAGCCCCCCAGCUGAGAUUAAUUCUGGAGACGUUCUGGCUGUGGACUCCUCCUCCGAUGAUGACCACUUCGAUGCCUUUGCUUCACCAAGACCGCCAAAUUGGAAAGACAAGGCGUCUCCCCAAGCCGAACAACCAAACGGUCGUCCACGUCCUCGCCCGAAACCUCGAAGAAGAGACUCAAGCCCAGAGACAUCGGAACCUGUCACUUCGCCCCCUCUUUCAGAGCCAGUGUCGCGUUCAUCAAGUGCUCUUCCUACACGUUCAUUAUCACCUAUCGAGGUUUCCUCUGAUGAGGACGUCAUCGUUCGCCGCGAAAAACCUGCUACCAAACGAAAACCGGUGGUUUUUUCUGACGAUGACGAAUAGUAUUUGUUGACUGUAACUUAUUAUUGUACUUUCUAAUUGAUGCUGAAUGCUUUGAGACACAUAGCU